AUGGACUGUCCCCUCCGUCACUAUGCCGAUGAGCGAGACCGCACCCACCAGCCUUGCUAUUGGGAAACCCAGCCUUCUGGCUGUACCCGCCCCAAUUGCCCCUACCUUCACAGCAAACCGCGUGCUAUUGCACGAAACACAUUGAGCCAGACGUCGGCGACAAACGGUCGUGCCUUCCUACCCGAGGCGGACUAUAGGCGGCAGAAUGCCAUCUUUACGCCCGGAAUUCAGCCCCACCCCAAUGCAGCGAUGGUACCCCCAGCGCCCAUGCAGUUCCAGACGCCACAACAGCUCCAAAAGGAGCUGAGGCUGCAGGAGCAGCUGCUCGAUAUCCGCCGCCGGCAACAGCAACAGAUGCAGGAGCGUCAGCGACAGCAGCAAGCCCGGCAAGCUGCGCAAAGUGAUGCACAGCGUCCCUCCUCUUCAGUCGCCCCAACCACCAAGAUCUCUCUAUCCGCCUUGGCGCCGAGCGCCCACCACACGCCCGCAACUGCUACUACGAUUUCAUCCACACCAGCAUCAGCACGGCUGGCCACACAGCCCGCACAACCCGUACAGCGCAACAAUUCCAUCUUUGAUCGCCUCAGCUCCAAGAAGGCUUCAGCUACGACAUCUCAUGUGACCGAUGCGCCUGCUGUGCGAACCGCCCCACCUGUAUCAGCCACAACUACGGCAGUCGAACAAGGGCCAGGCACAGUUCGCAUCAAUGGUCGCUUGCGACACAUCGAGCACAACAUUCGCCGCCACGACGAAGCUGCUCUGCAACAAUCAAACAAACAAGGUUCAUUGGUCGCCGCUUUGAUCGCCAAGCAUUCCGAUUCACCCCCUCGCACCACCACCACCGCGGUGGUGGCGCCAGCAACCUCGACCAUACUCGCGCCACGUCGCUCCUCCGCCCAGCCACAAGUGUCCACCCCCGCAACUGCACCCUCCACGGUGCCUGUCUCGAAAACAACAGCCAAGAGGUCUUCCAUUUUUGAUCGGAUUAAGGGCCCGGGGGCUACGUCCCCGGCUUCCCAACCGCAGUCGCCCUCUCAGCAACCCAACAACGCAAAGGGACAACCAGUGCAGAGUCAGCGCCAUCAGCAGCCACAGGGCCGCCAACAACCGGCUCGCGUUACCGCGCCGAACCAGAAAGAGGCCUCAUCUCAGAGUACUAUUCGUGCUAAUCGCGUAGCGGCUCCGAAGAAGAGCACGUCACCGCCGGCGGCGGCAACGCACCGGUCAUUGGCCCCCUCCAAGGAAGCCCGUCCCGCCAAGCGGGCCAAGGGCGAUGGCAGCACCACCGCGGUUGCCAACGUUAUUCGUGCAGUUGCCAAAGCGUCGAGCGAAGCAGCUCAAGCAAAACGAGCCGCCGAUUCUGCCCAGGCACGUCGCAAGAGUGCUUCUCCUUCUCUUCGAACACAGGCCGUCGCAAGUGGGACCAAACCGACUGUGACGGCCGGUCGCGCUGCGGGCAGUGCAGAGUCUGCUGUUUCAUCAGCCAAGCGCGCUUCUAGCCACCCGCAGCAGACUCCCUCCAGCACAUCCGUGGCUCCGACUCAGCCCAACAAAAGUGCAUCAUCAUCUGCUGAGCCCCCCGCCACCAAGGUCAAGCGCGCCGUACCGGCUCCCGUGUCAAUUUCAAAGCCAACCCCGCGCAUGGCACCAACCACCAACGCCACUGCGCCCAAACCCAUUCCAGCGACCACUGCGAAGCAACCCGGGACCACUCCAACACGCGCAUCUUCUUCCUCUGGUCCUGGCGCCGAGGCGCGCAAGACGCCCGUGACAGCAUCGCCCAGUCCUUCUUCAGCGGCGACGUCUGCGCCUAUGAACGCACAGGCGCUGAUGGAAGAGAUGCGUCAAGAGGCUUUGUCUGCGGGCAAAGACAACGAGAAGAUUUACGAUGAUGACGAUCUCGAGUUGUUGCUGGAUAAUGAUUCAAUGCCUUCCACUGGACGCCGCAGCUCCGUUCGAAAGUCGUCCGAAACAAAGCCUACAUCAGACUCGGAACCGCCUGCUCUUGAUAUGGACAACGAGAUUGAUCGCUUGCUGAGUGAAGACUUUUGAGGCUUCUGCGGCGCAUGUUGUUGGAACGAGUUGUGACUUGGCUCUGUUGCAUGUUUGCUGUUGUCUCGUGUAGUUGUGAUGCGUGUUGCUUUAGCAUGGCAGGCUUGGGAACCUCGUGCAACGCGCGUGCCCUGCCUUGCUCCUGCUCUCCAAGUCCGUGUAGUUAGCCCUUGCACUUCCUCCCUUUUUUUUCUUCUUCCUCGUGUGCUUGUGAAGUGAAGCCGCUUAUUUGCCGAUUCAUCCUUUUGAGUGAUUUAUAACAAGUUGAGGGGUCGAAUUUC